UUCGGAUCCAGCCAUGUCCAAUAUGUUUACGCUGCACGGGAAUUUAUUCAUAACCAAUUGCUGAGGUUUGUGAUGGCCACCGCCCAAUUGGAGCAUGCUCCACCCGCAGAUCCACAUCUCCGGCGUAAUCCCAGCGAAUGGCUGCAGUGGUGUCGCCUGUGCGCCAAGGACGACUUGGAGGGCAACAUGAAUGUGUUCCUCAAGAACGAGGACUCCGGCGAGGCAUUCUCAUUGGAGCUGGCCACCGCCAUUGGCAAGUACUUCUGGGUGAAUAUAACACGGGGUGAGGAACUGCCGGAGAUGAUUUGCAAUGAGUGCCUGUCGCUGGUCACCUCGCUGGUGAAUUUCUCGGAGCGGAUAACCCGGGUGCAGAAGCUUUACUGCAUCCUGCAGAGUUCGUCCGGCCAGGAGACCCUAAAUCUCCAGGAGCUGCGCUCAAAAUUCGGGUUAAUGGACGAGGAGACUCUGACAGAGGUCCACUAUGUUGAUAAGAAGCCAAAAAUGGGUGAAGAGGUACAAUUUCUGCCAGAGGAGUCGGCUUACGAGUUGGAGAACCCAUUAACUCCGGAGGGAAAACAGGAGCUGGACCAGCCGGAUGAAGAGGUAGAGCAGGAAGAGCCGGAUGACCAGGAUCCAGACUACGAUGCCGACGAAGACGCCGUGCUGCUGAAGCUAUGCGAUGCCUAUGGAAUCCAGGACGAUCAGUCUUCCAGUGGCAGUUUAAGUGACUCCUCGCCAAGGCAAGAAAAAGCCGGGAAAGGAGCACUCGACUCCGAUAAGAGACAUCAGUGUAGCGAGUGUUUGCGAAGCUAUGCCACCGCUAGGACUCUGCAACGUCACCUGCGGCAGGAUCACGGCAAGAUUGAACAGUCAUCCGAUCAGCUGCAAUGUCCGGAUUGCCCCAAAAAGUUCCGGCUUCAUUACCAACUGGAGCGGCACAUCAAAUGGCACGUGCCCUUGCCCAAGCGAAAACAGUAUGCCUGCAGCAAUUGCGACAAGAAGUUCGCCACCAGUGCGUCCGCCCAGCAUCACGAACAGUACAUGCACCUGGAUGAGCGACCGAGACCGGUGAUUUGCGAGCAGUGCGGCGUGGGUGUCCAUUCGAUGAGCGCUCUUAAGGAGCAUGUCCUGAAGCACACCGACUAUGCCCCCUUCGAGUGCGAGGUGUGCAAGAAGUGCUUUAAGUCGGCAAAUCGACUGAAACACCACAAGGAGACGCACGAUCCGCACAAGUACAUCUGCCCGGAGUGCGGCAUGCAGCUGAAUUCGCGAACCACUCUUAAUCGCCAUCGGUUGGUGCAUACGGAUCAGAUGCAGCAUAAGUGCGACUACUGCGGCCGGGAGUUUAAACGGGCCAAGGCGCUGAAGAAUCACCUCAUUCUGCACACUGGCUUAAAGCCGUACUCCUGUGACUUUUGCGAUCGUACCUUUGCCAAUGGCUCAAACUGUCGCACGCACAAAAAGAAGUCGCAUCCCGAGGAGCUGGCUGCCCAGGAGGCGGCAGGCGGUGGCAAGUCCCAUAAUAGAAAUAUACCCAAGCUAGAGGCCCUCAAGGCGUUCACCAAGAACAAGGACAACCUUUCGCCGGUGGCCACUAAACAGAGUGGCUGUUUCGCUUUCGGAAAAAAGCCCAAGCCAUCCAUGAAGGAUACUGCCAGUCUCACGCCUGCUUCGAAUCCAACUCCCACUCAAGACGCCCAGCCUGAUCCAGAGCCUGAUCCCGGAGGGGAGAACACAGCCCAGCCCAAUCCUCCAGCUACGGCCAUACCCACGAUAGACAAUAUAUACAAUCAUAUUAUGAUUGACUACCGCUGAUGGCGGCGAAACUGUGGGCAAGCGUGUUUCUUAAUUAUAUAUAUUAUUUGCAACACGAAAAGAUUAAUAAUUUUUUUAAACAAAUUUAGAACCUGAUUUCCUUGCUUCCAGUAGCAAACAUUUUUAUUUAGGAAUUUUAACAAGUUAUUUUAAAAAAACUGUAUAAACUUAGUUUAAUUGUUUAUUUUGACAACCGUUCAUUGAUCACAAAUAUAAUGUGACUUGAAAACCUCAA